UGCGAUAUGUUGGCGCCAAAGAACAUGUUUUAGCCCUUCUGGAAAUUAUGAUGGAUAAAAUCUUAUCCGCUUCUAAGGCUACUGUCUACUGAUGUAUCAACUAUAAAGCAAACCCCUCUCUGUGGGUGACUGGGUGUUUCUCCCCUGUUUAAGUGCCCUUUGGCCUUCCCGUGUACACUCACUCUAACUCACUCUCUUCCAUUAUUUCCGGGCAAAGUUCUCUUCUGGGUUUCAUUUUUUCUUCAAAUUCUGGCGAAAACCUUCUUGUUCUUGUUCUCUGAAACUAAAUUGCGAGUGCGAGUUUGUUGGGUGCAGCCAUGGCUUUGUUGUGUUCAUUUUUGCAAGUUGGGGGUUAGGAACAACUUCUUUGAUGGAGGGACAGCCUAAAGAUCACAUUUUUAAUGGGAUUAUCUUUGUGGCUGCUGGUUUCCUUUGGAGCUCUCUGUAUUUGCGAAGGACACGGAAUAUUGCCUCUCAAGAAGUAAAAUCACUCCUUUUUAUUUUGUUUUGGUUUUUUAUCAGGCAUCCUUUGAUGGAGCUCAAAUCACUUGAAUUCGGUAUCUCCUACUUUUGCUUUCUUGGAUUCUAGUUCUUCAAAGUAUGUCUGAGGUCAUGGACGUAGGAGAAAUUAAAUGUUCCUCAGGCUACGGAAAGCCCCCGUGGAUAUUCAAAGGCAGUGCCUUGUACCAACUCCAUCUCGUGAAGGCAGAAACUGCUCGAGCAUGCAUCCCGAAAGAGUUCAGAUUAGUUGAAGCUUUUGGGUACACUCUUGGUGGCUUCUUUCUUGCCAGCUACGAUGACAGUCCGGCCGGAGUCUUUGACGAGCUUGUUGUGAUUGCGGGGCUUGCAUGGAACCCACCAACAUCCUGCGCCAGAUGGGCUGCUAAGGUGCUUGUGAACAGCAAUGAGGCUUGUGAUCAUGGAAGAAAGGAAGUCGGUCUUCCAAGUCAGAUUGCCAGGUUUUCGAAGAGUAUCACGGCAAUGACAGCGCAACCAAAGAAUAAAGACAUUGGUAUUUUAAACGCGAUUGGUAUGGGUGCUACUUUCGAUAGUCCAAGAGACCAUAUGAAUGUUCAAGUGACUGAAUGGGAUGAUCUUGAUACAAAAGAUACCUGUAAUAUCAACCUCACAACUGUUGUGCCUGCAUUGAAUGAAAAGUGGAUGGGGCCGGGCAUCAAAAUUUCACUUCCAAGUUAUAGUGGCCAUACAGAGCAUAAUCCCAACCUUCUCAAGUACUCUUGCCAGAUUGAGUGCAGGGUGAGAGCAGUGAAGCCAGCAGUAGUAUCAGGCCCAAGUCCUAUACCGUAUCAUGACAGAGCGCAUUAUUCAGAUCAACGUAGAUGCAAUACCAUGGACUCUACAGCUAAGGAGCACAUAGAUAAUGGACAAAAUCUCAUCAUGUCUGUGAUGUUGUCAAAACCCAUAUUGGCUUUGGAGUUCAAUUGUUUAAAAAUGCAGUUCUUUUAUGAAUUCAGGUCCAUGUGGAGGGGUGCUGGCAUUAUCUAAAAUUCUGAUGGGUGUUCCCUAUCUGGAUUCUCUUCUUGCUACGGGUGGGGUACAAAUUCUAAGGCUGAAAUUAAAACUGUGCCCGAUGGUUUGACUAUUACAUACUUGAUCUGUGUUGAUUUUAAAUCGAAUUCUUAGCUGGUAGUGGGGAGGUUGCAGAAUGCAGAGUAAAGGAAGAGUUUGCCUUGAUCUUACUUGAUGUUUGGAAUGGCUAUUAUGGACGUUAUGAGUGGCUUCUGUCUAAGUUACAUAUAGAUGGAAGUUAAUUGCAUUGCAAAAGAUGGAAUCGAGUGGAUUUCAAAUGUGUAUUUUGUUAAAGAUAACAUUCUUAAGGAGUUGAAUGGCUUCUCAAGAAUACAGUGUGAGUGCUGUUAUAUAAGGUGUGAAAAAAAUUAAUUUUU